AUGGAGAAUGUGAUGUUCUCUUUGGAAGGAUUCAAUUUUGGAGAAGUUCAGGAUAUGCUUAGCUCUGCAGAUAAUGUAGGGAAACAUUUCAGUUCUUAUGGAACAGAAGAUUGGGAAGAGUCUGUCGCCACUGAUGCUCUUUAUUCAGGUUAUGGAUUUUAUCAGCAACCAGAACUGUGCCACCAUUCAUAUUCGGAUGUUGGUCUUUUUGAUAAUCUCAGGUUUGAUUUUGCUUCCCCUCAGAUUGAAACCUGCCUGGAGGAGAUUUCAGAGCUUGGUGAAAUUCCAACUGAAAUUCAAGAUGUGAUUCAGCAGAAAAAGGAUAAGCAACUCCCAUUUUCUUUAGCAUCUCUUGAGCUGCUGAAGAACUAUGGAACUGGGUUCAGAAGAUUGACUGGGGAAAAAAGGAUUGAGCCAAGCAUUGAUAAAGCACCACUCACAAAGAUGUCAAGCAGGAAAUUGUCAACUGAAGAAAUCAUGAGGACUGCUGGAGAAAGGUUCAUCCGUUCCUCUUCUAGAGCAGUUGAAGAUGUUGUCUCCAUGCUUGGGAAUCCUUUUAAUCUUCUAUUUUCUGAUCUUUCCGAUGAGGAGAUCAGAGAUGUGGAGCUUGCUGAAUUCCUUCUAGCUUCUGUUGAGAAAGUGGGUGAUCAGCAAUACGAACGUGCCAAAAGAUUUCUAAACCAGUGUGACAAUUUGUCUUCAGAUAAAGGAAACCCCGUUCAGCGAGUUGUUUACUACUUUUCUGAAGCUCUUCGAGAGAGGAUUGAUCGUGAAACAGGACGGAUUUCUGCGAAAGAAAAUGGGAAAAAACCGUUAUUUGAUGUUGAUUUGGAAAUGAUGAGUUCAAAUCCAACUGUUCUAGCAUUUCACGAAGCAGUUCCCUUUCCCCAGGUUUUACAAUUCACUGGGCUGCAAGCUAUUGUAGAAAAUGUGGCUGAGGCAAAGAGGAUUCAUGUAAUCGAUCUUGAAAUCAGAAAUGGAGUGCAAUGGACACUGUUGAUGCAAUCUCUGGCUUCUCAAUGCGGAUGCCCCAUUGAGCUUCUCAAGAUCACUGCUGUAGGAACUGCUGGAAAAAAUAUAAUUGAAGAAACAGGUAAGAAUUUAGAGAAUUUUGCUCAGAGCUUAAACUUACCUUUUUCCUAUAAAAUAGUCAUGGUCUCAGACAUGCUAGAUCUUAAAGAGGACCUCUUUGAGAUCAACCCAGAUGAAAAAGUUGUUGUGUAUGCUUUUCUAUCAUUAAGAAGCCUGAUUGCAGUCCCAAAUCGCCUUGAAAAUAUAAUGAAAGUGGUCAGAAACAUCAGCCCUUGCAUGAUGGUGGUCAAUGAAGUUGAAGUCAAUCUCAACUCCCCAGUUUUUGUGAACCGUUUCAUUGAAGGUCUUUUCUUUUUUAGUGCAUAUUUUGAUUGCCUUGAUGCCUGCAUGAAGCGAGAUGACCCAAAUAGGAUGGUCACAGAAUCAAUGUACUUCAGAGAUGGAAUCAGAGACAUUGUGGCUGCUGAAGGAGAGGAGAGGAAGACUAGACAUGUGAAGCUUGAUGUUUGGAGGGCAUUUUUCUCACGUUAUGGCAUGGAGGAGAUUGAACUGAGCGCUGCAUCUUUGUAUCAAGCAAACCUUCUGGUUCAGAAAUUUCCAUGUGGGAGUUCUUGUACAAUUGAGUUCGAUGGAAAAAGCUUGCUUGUAGGUUGGAAGGGUACACCAAUUCAUUCAACCUCCGUUUGGAAGUUCAUUUGA